UUAUGACAAGCUUAUUUGUCACGUAAAUGUGUAGCGCUAGCUGUAGCGGUACACGUAGACGUGACAUAACCCUUCCGCCUAUUCUUCGUCUCCCCACAAUAUUUUUCAAUUUGACGAUGUAAAUCGUUUUUAGAAUUUUUUAUGCGACGUGACAUUUGAUGAGCACCGUGUAACGAAAGUUUUCGCACGAUGAAUCUGAAUAAAACAGAGAAACUGUUGGCUGCUAAAAAGAAGCUAAAGGAAUUCCAAUUACAAAAAAGAUUGCAAGCACAAGAGGUCUCAAACAAACAGCAAGAUGCAAAUAUAAUAGAUGGAUCCAUAUCACAGUGCCAAACAAGUUGCCAAACUAUAGAAGUGGAUAAACCUUAUGAUCAAAAUAAUGACAAUGAGAUCAAACAAACAAACAACUUAGUCCAAUCUGAGGAACAUCUGGAUAAAAUAAACAUUGUACAUAAGGAAGGAAAUGUAUUGAAUCAUACUUUUGAUUCUAGUGAUACUAAUAACUUAAAAGAUACAACAGAAAGCGACAGUAAAAUUGCAACAAAUGAAAGAACAGAAAAGAACUUUCCUGUUUUGGAAAAUUGUUUAGAAAACACUGUAUUAUAUGAAAGUGCUGAUAAAGACUCUGCACAUCUUCAGGCAGAUUCACAGUUUAUGGAAAAUGAUGACAGAUACAACUUAAAUAUAGUGGCAUCUAAUGGACCAUCAACAGUGCAAACAGAACAUUUAUUAGAAAUGGCUUCAGAAGUCGCUAAUGUGCUUACUGAUGAUGCAGAUCAUAGUGAUCCAUCUUUGUUUGACAUUGAUUUGAAGUGCCGCAAUCAAUUCUUAACAACUUGUCUGGAAGAGCAGAGACAACUUGUGAAUGAUUUACACAUUCAAGUCAGUCGUUACCAUAGUAGAAUUGCUGAAUUGGAAGAAAUUCUUGCUACAAAAGAUUCCGAGUUUGAAGCCAAACUUGUUCGCGAAAUAAAUCCUUUGAAGGAGCAAUUGCAAAUUCAUACACAAACUACUGGCAUUUUGAUAGCAGAAAAAGCAGAACUCACAGCAGCUUUGGCGCAAAGUCAGAGGACUGCAAAACAAAAUGCAGAGGAAUUAGAAGAGAUGAGUGGAAAACUGAAACAUAGCCAACUUCGUAUUAAUGAGCUUGAAAAAGAGUUAGCUCAAACAAGAAGUAAUUCUACUGACACUCAGAAAAAUGCUCAGCAAAUACAACAGAUUUAUGAUGAACUUGAGAAAAAAUAUUAUGAACUCAGAAAAGAAAAGGAAGAUUUGGAAUUAGAAACUUCAGAAUUAAAACAAAAGUUGAAUUUAAAAAAUACUGAAUUUAUUAGUCUGCAACAAGAAUUUCAAGAGAAAGCAGCCUUACUUUCUUUAAAUGAAUUAAAAAUACAACAGUUAACUGAUACAUCACAAACAUUAGAGUCUCAGCAUCAAACUGUCACAGUAUUGGAACAACAAUUGGCUCAAAUGAGAGAAACUUUACGGCUAGUGAAUAACGAAAAAGAUGAAACCAAUAGACAAUAUCAGAAUUACAUACGACAAUUGGAUGCACAACAAGCGAAAUUGCUUAAUGAGAUUGAAAAUGGAAACAAAAUGAUCAGUGAUUUAGAAAGCAGAGAGAAAAGUUAUGUACAACGUUUAUCAGAUUUAGAACAGCAACUUCAACAUGAAAAACAAAAAAAUGAAUCUUUACUUCCAUUGCAAGAUCGUAAUGAUGAGAUAAAUACUUUAAUGAAAAAUAUCGAGGAAUUGACUGCGCGGGAAGAAAAACUUCAUACUAUAUUAUCCGAAAAAGAAAUGGAAAUUGAAAUGUUAAUAAAAGAAGUGCAAGAAUUACGAGAUACAAAAGAUGAUGGAGCAGAUGCAGUAAAAUUGGUACAAGCUCUUGAAAGCGAAAAACUUGGCGCAUCUAGAGCCGUUUUACAAAAUCAACAAUUGAAGGAGCAAUUAACUGAAAUGGAAAAUGCUUUUGUCACACUGAGUAAUGACAAAUUAGAUUUGACAGAACAACUUCAAGCUGAACGAAAUAUUGGCAGAAAAUUAAACGCAAGAUUAAAUGCAGUUGAAACCGAAAUGGAUAAUUUAAAAGAGGAAUUGAAGGAAAAAGAAACAUUUUUAAUAGAAUUAGAAAAAGAAAAAUUGCAGAAUGCUCAAAUUGCAGAUCAAAUGCAACAUUAUCAAGCACAAUCUCAUCAUGCCCAUACACUCCAACAAGAACUGCAAAAUACUUUGAUUUGUAUAGAGAAUUUAAAAAAAGAAAAUGAAGAACUUGCAAAGAAAUUGGAAAACAAAGUGCAAGAAGAGACACGUUUGUCCAAAGAAUCUGAGAAUGUUAACAAAGAUCAGUCUACAAUUAAUGAACAAAACCAUGAUGAUAUUGUAACAACGCAAAACUUAUCACUGCCAGAAAAUAAAAAUGCUUUAAAUGAUUCUGAGCCUCUUAUAAAAUUAGAAAAAAGGUUUAAAGAAACAAUGGAAAAAGUCGCUGAAUUAACUGAUGAAAAACAGAGAUUGGAACAUCUUGUUCUUCAACUCCAAGGUGAAACAGAAACUAUAGGAGAAUACAUUACUUUAUAUCAAAAACAACGAGCAAUUCUAGGAGAGAGAUGGAAGGAAAGAGAACAAACCUUUCGUCAAUUAGUAGAGCAACGUAAUCAGCAACAAGAACAAUUACAUAAAUUAAAAGUAUUAGUAACUGAAUUGCUGAAAAAACAUCCUGAAACAUUGAUAAAUUCUACAGAAACUUGUAUGGAUUAUCAUAAAAAAAUCAAUGUUGAUAAUUCUGCACUCUCUGAAAAUGAAAAGCUAGAGAAUACAGAAUUACCAUUAAUUGAAGAUAAAACAGCGUCGGAGAUUCUCGAUGUUCUGUCAGAAAUCAAAGAUUGUAAAGAUGCAUGUAUUAUAGAACCUAAUUUUCAUCCAUGUCCAUGGUGUUCUGGAAGACUAAUUACUGUGUAAUCAUUAAUAAUAAAUUUAUUUUAAUCUUGUUAUAAUAAUAAAAUAUCAUAUUUGUGCAAUAUAUAGUGAUGUAGAACAUAAUACUUGUAUAUAAAAGAUUUUAGGUCUUUUUUAAUCAUCUGUAUUGAUUCCUUGUAAAAGUGUAAGAUUUUUGUCUAAAGAAUUGCUUUAUAAAUAUACAGUGCCUUGAAUAGUUUUGCAGAUAUAAU